AUGGCGGAACCAGAGGAGCCUUUGAACUUGGAUCCCGCAUUUCUGGCGGAGAACCGCUCUGGCGUUCUUCAAGGAAUCGCCAUCUCCUUUGCCAUCAUCACAACGGUCAUGCUCGCGCUUCGCUUCUUUUCCAAGUUCCGCUUCCAGGCGCCGGGCGUCGAACCGUUCGAUAUCUUUCUCGUCGCCGCCUACAUCAUCACCCUGGGAAUGUGCGCGCUGGGUAUAAGACUCGUCGCGACGGCAGCAAUGACCAUAGUCGGCGGCGUCGGGCAACACGUGGCGCUGUUCCAGCAACCAGGCGGCGACAAGACGAAGCUGCGCGGCUGGGCCCAGUGCAUCCUGGCUUUCGAGAUCAUCUACUUCACGUCCGUCGCCCUGCCCAAGAUCGCCAUCAUAUUCAUGUACGUCCGCGUCUUCAACUGGCGCGACACCAGGCGCCGCGUGGCCUGGGCCCUCAUCGCCCUCAACGCCUCCCUGGCCAUCUCCCUGAUCGGCGCGGCCUGCUUCCAGUGCAUCCCCUUGGCCUAUUGGUGGGACCGCACCAUCCCCGGCGGCAGGUGCUUCGACAUCCAGGCCUUUUUCCACGCCCAGGCCAUCCCGGGCUUCGUCCUGGACCUCUUCAUCAUGGCGCUGCCUCUCAAGUCCAUCUGGGAGCUGAAGUUGCCACUGAUCAAGAAGAUCGCCUUGGCUUUGAUCUUUCUGAUAGCCAGUUUCGGCAUCGUCGCGUCCGUCAUACGCGCUCGCAUCUUCUUCAGCACGUCCGCGUUUGAGGACCGCACCUGGGCCUCGGUCGAGUUGGUCGGUUGGUCCAUCAUAGAAUCCGGCACCUACAUCGUGACCGCCUGCCUGCCACACAUGAAGCCCAUCCUCUCGCACUACACGCCGCAGUCGGUCAAGGACUUUGCGCGCGGCUCCUUCGCCAAGGCCUCGUCCGCCCUGUCGGGCAACAAGUCCUUCAGCACCAGCACGAGCGGCAAGCGCUCGCGCCGGCCCGGCGAGGCGGAUCUGCACAAGACCGGCGACGACAUUGAGAACGUGCAGCCCGUGCGCCUCGCCAGCCUCGACGUGAGCCGCCCGCCGCGCCACGCCGGCGGCGGCAGCGAUGACGACGACGACAGGAAGCCCUUCUGGGCCGCGGAGCCGCGCGGUCCCCACGAGUCCAUAUACAGCCUCGACCACUACAAGGGGUUCAACCGCCCACGUCAGAUGCAGACGGCGCGGUCGGGAAAGGGGGACGAGUGGGCUGCUGAUGGUAUUGCUGCUGCUAAUGCUGCUAAUGCUGCUACUGCUGCUGCUGCUGCUUCGGAACAAAGGGGCAGGUCGGCGUCGGUGGCUGCGCCCAAGGGUGUCGUUGUGACGACUGAGGUGACGGUGACGACUGAUUAUGAUGCUGACAGUUCCAAAUCAGACGCGAGGCCGAUUAACUCUUGGUCACCUCGGAUAUGA